UUUUGGGAUGUUGAUUUAUAAUUAGUUUACCAAAAAGGAGCAAGUAUGUGGUCCAAACCUCUUUCACUGACAGGGAAGGGAACUGGUUUGCUCUGACCUCUACUGAGAAGCUUUUAACUACCCGAACCCAGUCAUGCUGACGAUGCCUUUAUGGACAGUGGCUACAUUUAUUGCCCUGUGACUGACUACCAGGCCAGGUUUUUUAAUGGUGGUCCUGAUGACUGGUAUGCAGUACUGUGCUGUUUCAGAAUCCAAUUUAAAGCAGUCAGAAUAGUCAUAUAAUUUCUGAAAAUAAGCAUGACAAACUGUCUUGCAGUCAUUAUGCUAGGUGUACAUACAGUCAUGAAGUAUCUAGCUUCAUAAACUAUUACAGUAUAUAGGUUUCAACUGCCAUCUGUGUGGCACCCUCUAGACACUUGACUCGUUAAUUAAAUUGAUUUCACCCACACCAAAAGCUGCCAUCCCAGAUAGAUUUCUUGAUUAUAUUUGAUACUAUGCACUUUGAACACCGGAGAAAAUCCAUGAUCAAGUUGGGUCUACUCCCCCCUCUAAAUGGGUUUCUCCACACUGAAAGUGAUAGAUUUGUCCCUAUAAUCUUCUAUACUUGUAACUCUCUAUUCCUAUGCUUGUCAUUCUCUCAUGAGAGAAGGGAGUUCUGUUGUUUGAAGGUGUAACAGGUAAGAUUUCAGGUCCAUGACUUUCAAACCCAAGCAGUCUAAAGGCAUUGUGGACAGGGCUUUAGUCAUGGCUGUAGUCAUCUCUUGGUCAUGGACACGAUUUUGCAUUGUACUUAAGUUAUAUGAGGGAAAAGAGACGCUUACUGGAAUAUUAAAGCCUUAGCAGUCAGUGAUGUGCAUCACCAAGUCAGUCCAUGCUGACAGUAGCCUACGCAUAGAGCGAGGCAGAUUAAAUACUAUACAACCGAAGUUAAAUGCACAACAUAUUUUAUCAAUAGAAUGGUAAGAAAGUCCGUUUGGUAAUAUCUAGGCUACGUCUAAACCUCAACCCCUCUCAUCUUUUUAAUUUGAAAACAUGAAUAGCAAGUUUUGAAAAUGAAUGUAUUCAAGUGUCCGUCCCUGCGCUGAAUGAAUGGUGAAUCAUUCCUUCAUUUAUAGUGGACUAUUACUGGUUGUCCAGAGCUUUAAUCACAACCCUUCGUUGUUAAACCAUGUUAUUGUCACGUGAGCGUCAAAUGGGAAUAUCCCGUGUUUAUUAAUUUUGAUAUGGCUUAUAUCUUACUUUUAAUAAAGUAAGAUAUAAGAAAUGAAAUCAGUGGUAGCCUAGAUCAAGAGCCCAUUUCAAGCUUGUGUGCAUGUCUUUUAUGGCGUGCGUCGAGAUGGUGACUGUGUAGACACUUAACAGCCACAUCCAAAUAAUUCAAAGGAGGAAACUGUUCAUAUGCUAAGGGAACGAACAAUAGGGGCAGAUAGAGAGACAGACAUGUCUCAAUUGCCAAGGUGUAUGAGCUUUAACCAAUGAGAAAUAAUGAUCGCUCUUUUACCCGACAAGACAGCUGGCAUCUUCAGAACCUUCAUAGAACGUUGCUGACAGCUUGUGUCAUGUGAUGCUCGUGAAGAUGGCGCAUCCUUAUACGCUGUAGGCUCGUAUACGAAUUCUCCGUCAGUAGUACCAGCUCACACACAAGCCUUGCAGUCGUUAUAUGGCGUUUUAAACAGCGGAAAUUAAGGGAGGCCUAAUUAAGAUAUAUCCCGUUUUAGGGAUUGAGUUAGGGAUACAAUUUCUCAGGAGGUUUCACGAAAAAUACAUCUAAUUAGUUUGGCUUCGGUGUGGAUGCUCCUGCGGUAAUAAGGCUCGGAGAUCCAAUAUCCGUGCACUACUGGAGACUGCAUCAACUGCUGGCGCGGAGGCUGUGUCGAAAGAGCGAAGCUAACCGAUCUGAGACACACAGGCUCAGGCUUCGAGGUUGUUUUCACGAUCUUUUUCAUUCGCGAUGACAUGAAGUGUAGAACAAGAAAGGCCGAACUCAAAAGUGAUGUAGCUUUCAUCCAAAGAUCAUCCUCCCACGACAUACAGGAAUGAGGUUGAGAUUUGUGAGGAUAUAGCAUCGACCUACAGCAAAAUGUGGGCACCUACAGAGGAGGAGAAAUUAGGAGUUGUGAUCUGCAGCUUCCGCAGCUCCGUGGCCCAGGCGCUGCUGCUGGAGAUCGGAGAGAUGGUGCAGAUUCUGGAGAAGUGUGAGGGAUGGUACAGAGGUUUCUCCACUCGAAAGCCUACAGUCAAGGGAAUCUUUCCUAUCAACUAUGUACACUUGAAGAAAGCCAUUGUGAGCAACAGGGGGCAGGGGGAGACAGUUGUUCCUCUGGAAGAUCCCAUCAUUACAGAAACCACCAGUACAUUGCAAGAAUGGGCAGUGUUAUGGAAACAACUCUAUGUGAAGCACAGAGUGGAGCUCUUCCAGAAGCUCCGUCAGGUGAUGACCGAGCUCAUUGACCUGCGCCGGCAACUCAUCUCGGGUCACAUGACGCAGGAGCAGACUCGUGAAAUCAAACGCCAUAUCACAUUACGACUGGACUGGGGCAAUGAACACCUUGGUUUGGACCUUGUGCCCAGAAAAGAGUUUGAGAUGGUUGACCCAGAAAUCUUCAGUGUCUCUGAACUUUAUAAAAUGCAUGCAUCCAGUAGACACUGUGGCCAGCCCAAUCAAACGCAGGGAGACCCUCGACAGCGCCAUGGCGAUGCGUGCCGUGCCCCAGUGGCGCACCACCUCUCCCUGAACCUGAAGAGCUUCACGUACAACAGCAUCAGCGAGGACACCGACGUCCUCUUCAGCCUUUACGAUGUCCGAGACAACAAAUGCAUCAGCGAGAAGUUUCUUGUAAAGCUGAAUAAAAAUGGAGGCCCGAGAAAUCCAGAGAAGUCCGACGGACUGUGUGCUCUAUUCACAGAUCUGAGCAGUAAGGACAUGAAACGGGAUCUCUACAUCGUGGCACAUAUUAUCAGAACUGGUCGGAUGUUGCUGAAUGACUCUAAGAAAGGUCCAGCUCAUGUCCAGUAUAGGCGGCCAUAUGGCUGUGGAGUGCUGGCAAUGACCGAUGUCUUCACCUCCAUCACGGACCCAAGGGAAGAGAAGGACUUUGUGAUCAAAGUCUUCACGUGCAAUAAUGAGAAUGACUGGUACCAGAUUCAGGAGAAUAUCAUCCGCAAGUCCAACACCAAAUACUCUGCUCCCAGCACCAACUACGGUCUGAUCGUGUCCCUGCAGCUGUUCCGUGGGGAGCUGGAGGCGGUGCGGAGGGAGAACCCACACAUCAUCACCCGGGGAGCCGUCACCGCACGCAAGCUAGGCUUCCCCGACGUCAUCAUGCCAGGGGACUGCCGUAAUGACUUAUACUUGACGCUGGAACGUGGCGAGUUUGAGCGUGGGGGAAAGAGUGUGCAGAAGAACAUCGAGGUGACGGUGUACGUGCUCUACGCAGACGGGGAGGUCCUCAAAGACUGCUUGAGUGUGGGCUGCGGAGAGGCCAGCAUCAGUGAGCAUCGCUCCUUUGUGCUCUACCACAACAACAGCCCACGCUGGAGCGAGACCCUCAAGCUGUCCAUCCCUCUGGAACGCUUCCGCGGUUCCCACCUGCGCUUUGAGUUCCGACACUGCUCCACUAAGGAUAAAGGGGAGAAGAAGCUCUUUGGGUUUUCUUUCACACCUCUGAUGAGGGAGGAUGGUACCACCCUCUCUGAUGAGACACAUGAGCUUUAUGUCUACAAGUGUGAUGAAAACACAACCUUCACCAAUCAGGGCCUGUAUUUAAGCAUGCCAUGUUGCCGUGCCGACCUCAGCAGCUGCCCCACCAUCCCGGCCUCCUUCCCAUUCCAGCGCAGCAGCAAAGAGAACUUGUACAUCAACACCCUGCUGGCCUCCACCAAACUCACACAGAACGUGGAUCUACUGACUCUACUGAAGUGGAAAGCGCAUCCUGAGCGAGUCCUGGAUGUUCUUGGACGCUUGCGUCUCAUCAAUGGAGAGGAAAUUGUCAAGUUCCUGCAGGACAUCCUUGACACCCUCUUCAGUCUCUUGGAUGAGAAUACCGACAAAUACGGACCACUGGUGUUUCAGUCACUGGUCUUCAUUAUUAACCUGCUGAGAGACUGCAGGUACUACCACUUCCGGCCCGUCAUGGACUCCUACAUCCAGAACCAGUUCGCUGGAGCACUGGCCUACAAGGAGUUGAUUCGCUGUCUGAAGUGGUAUAUGGAUCGGUCAGCCGAAGUUGUGCGCCAGGAUCACAUCCAGGAUGCAAUGAGAGCUCUGGAGUACCUGUUCAAGUUCAUCGUCCAGUCACGAGCGCUGUACUCACGAGCCACCUGCGGGCUGGACGAGGAGGCAUUCCGGGUCAGCAUACACGAGCUCUUCCACUCCAUCCGCUUCGUGCUCAGCCUGGACGGACACAACUCCGAGACGCUGAUCUGCACACAGGUGAAGGGGGCGCUGUUGAACAGUUUUCCGGACAUCUUCGAUGAGCUACUGCAGAUGUUCACAGUGCAGGAGGUGGCUGAGCUGGUCAGAGGAACGCUGGCCAGCAUGCCCAGCAUGGUGGACAUUGGCCAGUCACUGGAUGUUGUCAAGCUGCAGUCCAUUGCCCGCACCGUCGAAAGUAGACUCUUUUACUUUCCAGAGUCCCGGAGCAUCCUGCUGCCGGUCAUCCUCCACCACAUCCACUUGCACCUGCGGCAGCAGAGGGAGCUGCUCCUCUGCUCAGGCAUCCUGACCAGCAUCUUCUCCACCAUCAAGACCAGCUCCAUGGAUUCGUGUGUGCGGGAGGAGGUGGACAUGAUGGUGGAGAGCCUGCUGGACGUGCUGCUGCAGACGCUGCUGUCCAUCAUGAGCCGCUCGCAGACCGUGGAGAGCAGCAGAGCGCCCCGCUGCCCCCAGUGCACCGCUGAGAUCACAGGGGAGUACGUGUCAUGUCUGCUGUCCCUCCUCAGACAGAUGUCUGAUCCUCAUUUUCACCACCUACUCAACAACUUCCACAGCAAGGAUGAGCUGAAGGAAUUCCUCCUGAAGAUCUUCUGUGUGUUCCGGAACCUGAUGAAGCUCAGCAUCUUUCCCAGGGACUGGAGUGUCAUGCGACUCCUCACCAGCCACAUAAUUGUCACGACAACCCAGCACCUCUCUCCGGCACUGCAGAAGAACUUCUCUGACCCAGAUUUUGAUUUCAAGGUGUGGAAUUCCUUCUUCAGUUUAACUGUAUUGUUCAUCAGUCAACCCAGUCUACAGCUGGAGUCCCUUAGCCCACUCAAGAGGAAAAGAGUGUUGGACAAGUAUGGAGACAUGAGGGUGACAAUGGCCUUUGAGCUGUUCAGCAUGUGGCAGAAAUUGGGAGACGACAAGCAGCACUUCACGCCGGGGAUGAUGGGGCCUUUCCUGGGCGUGGCUCUGGUGCCUCAGACGGAGGUCCGCAACAUCAUCAUCCCCAUCUUCCACGACAUGAUGAACUGGGAGCAGCGCAAGAACGGCAACUUCAAACAGGUGGAGGCAGAGCUGAUGGAUAAGCUUGACAGCAUGGUGUCCGAUGGUAAAGCGGAUGAAAAUCACCGGGAGCUUUUUAGCCUGCUAACACAGCUCUUUGGACCUUAUCCCAGUCUCUUGGAGAAGAUGGAGCAGGAGGCUUGGAGAGAGACAGGUGUCUCUUUUGUCACCUCGGUCACACGGCUCAUUGAACGGCUGUUGGAUUACAGGGAAAGUGUGAGAGCAGAGGAGGUGGAGAAUAAGAGAUUUUAUGGCUCCAUGAACCUGCUGAACUUUUACAAGUCCGAGGUCACCAAGGAGGACAUGUACAUCCGCUACAUCCACAAGCUGUAUGAGCUCCACCUGCAAGCUGAGAACUACACAGAGGCGGCAUUUACCCUGCUGCUGUACUGGGAGCUGCUCCAGUGGGAGGAGAGGCCACUGAGGGAGUUCCUGCACUACCCGGCCCAGAGCGAGUGGCAGCGCAAGGAGAGCCUCAGCAGGAAGGUCCUGCACUACUUCAACAAGGGCAAGUGUUGGGAGUACGGCAUCUCUCUCUGCCGGGAACUGGCGUUUCAGUACGAGACCCUAUAUGAUUACCACAGUCUGAGCUGGAUACGGAAAAUGGAGGCUAGUUACUAUGACAACAUCAUUGAGCAGCAGCGCCUGGAGCCAGAGUUCUUCAGGAUGGGAUUUUAUGGACGCAAGUUCCCCUUCUUCCUCAGGAAUAAGGAAUUUGUUUGCCGUGGCUACGACUAUGAACGGCUUGAGGACUUUCAGCAGCGCAUGCUGAACGAAUUCCCACAGGCCAUUGCUAUGCAACACCCCAACCAACCAGACGACACCAUCCUACAGAGCGAUGCCCAGUAUUUACAGAUCUUUGCAGUGACCCCAGUGUCCGAGCUGACUGAGGGUCCACACUUGGAACGCGUGCCUGAGCGCAUCAAACGUUUCUACCGGACCAACAACAUCAGCCGCUUUCACUAUGACCGCCCCUUCCACAAGGGCCCGAAAGACAGAGAAAAUGAGUUUAGGAGUUUGUGGAUUGAACGGACCACACUGAUUUUGUCACGUCCAUUACCUGGAAUUUCACGCUGGUUUGAAGUGGACAGGAGAGAAGUGGUGGAAGUCAGUCCUCUGGAGAACGCCAUAUAUGUGGUAGAGAACAAGAACCAGGAGCUGCGCACCCUCAUUAGCCAGUACCAGCACCGCCAUCACAAUGGCAACAUUAACCUACUCAGCAUGUGUCUGAAUGGGGUCGUGGACGCUGCUGUUAAUGGAGGAAUCGCCCGAUACCAGGAGGCUUUCUUUGAUAAAGAUUUUAUCAGUAGCCACCCUGAGGAGGCAGAGAAAAUAACACAGUUGAAGGAAUUGAUGCAGGAACAGGUGCACAUUUUAGGUGUGGGCCUGUCACUCCAUGAGAAGCUGGUGCACCCAGAAAUGCGUCCCCUUCACAAAAAGCUCAUUGAUCAGUUCCAUGUGAUGAGGAACAGUCUAUACCACGGUGUCGCUGCUCUUGAUAGGUUAAGUCCUGCCUGCUCAGGGAUCCGCAGCAUUGUGACACACAGCCCUGAGAGCAGUAGGCUUUUACAUAGAAACAGUCCUCUCCAGGGCUCUCUGCGUCUGACCGGUGAGGUUGGACCUCUGAUGGUCCUGACAGAUGGACUGAUGGAGCACACAGAGGAGACCUCACACAUGCAGCCGAGCCCCUCCUCUUCGAGUCUCAGUUCCAUUCGGUCCUCCUCGUCUCAGAUCAUUAACUCCGCUCCCUCCAGCACCAGAGGCUCACCCUCCCUACCAGAUAAGACAAAGAGCAGCCGGGAGCUGCUGAUGCUGCUACCCCCCCACAGGGAGAGGCCCAACAGUGCCAACUACUACAACACUACUGAGAACACACAGACAAACAAUGUCCAGCGUGGCCUACAACAGCAAGGAAGUCCUUGUAAGCCAUGUGGCGAUCGUCACACUGGAUUCCCAGAGAGAGGGUUCCCUGCCGCCCCCAGCAGCUGGAGCUUAGACGGGUCAGAGGGCAGAGAGCCGGGGCUCAACCUGCAGAACCCGGCCAGUCUGAUGGCCCCCAUGCUACCGCCGCGCAACUUCCCACAGGGUCACUUCCUGAUGCACUUUGAUGCGUUUCAACAACAUAUGAACGAUAUACCCCCAGCUCUACCGAUGCGCUCUAUUAGAAAGUCUCCUCUGCACCCCAUUCCUGGCUCUCCACCCAGUCCGCUGUCAGUUCUGGGGGGCAGUAACUCCACCCUGUCGGGCAGUGCCAGCAGUGGCGUCUCCUCCCUGAGCGAGAGCAUCUUCAGCCACUCCGACCCCCCAAGCCGACCCGAGCAGCUGGACCCGGCACCCCACCUCCCGGCCACCCACUACUGGAGCCCAGAGGAUCCCGCUCAGCCUGCCGCCUACCUGCACGUCCACUUCGGCUCGGCCCAGGACCACCCGCACCCGCACUACCCGCACGGGCAUGCUGCCACCGAGUCAGACGGCCUGCAGGACCCGUCCUGCACCACGCGCCCCCUGUGUCCGGAACUGCCGCACACCGCCGCCGUCGGAGGAGGAGGAGGAGGAGGAGGAGGGGCUGCCGCCUUCCUGCGGCGAUCCGGAGCCCCCACGCCGCCCCCGAAGCCUUGCAUGCGCGUGGUGGGAGGCGCCGGGGUGCUGAGCGACGAUGAGUCGGCGAGCGUCGGCAGUGGCAGCGGUGUCCAGCCUGUGCCCCUGCCCCGCCGGAUCUUCCCUCCUCCGCACACCCAGCGGGAGCUGCACCGGGCGGCCUGGGAGCAGCGCAUCCGCGAGGAGCAGGAGGAGAGCACCGGGUGAGGGGGGAGGAGAGGGCAACGCUGGCCGAGUACAGUGAUGGAGGCCUGCAGUUUGGAUGGCAAUCAGAGAGAGGGGGGAGACCGGCUGGAGUGCAGAGCUUACUACACAGAGCCUGUGCUCAGGGUGUCAGUGUGAGUUUCUCAGAGGGGGGGAUGCAGGCCUGAUCGGAGGCUGGGUUGGUUUAUAAAUAUUCUCUGAGAAGCUGCUUUCAUUGAAUAGCUCUCAUCUCCUGCCGCUCCACCAUAAAUCCUCACAAGACUUUAAUAAUCAUAACCCCCCUACCCCACCUUCCCCCCGCCACCAGCUCAUACUCUGUAGAGAUAUAGCCCUUGAGCACACAGUUUUUUGUGCAGCUAGUCCUUUAGCAUGCUUGUUUGUUUUUACACUUGAAUGUUUUGUGAAGUGAAACACAAAAUAACGCCUGCCUCUUCACUUUUCCCACAUUUUCCCACAACUGAUUAUCAGGGUCAAGCACAGGGUUGACAGUAUGGUUAGAUAGCAGCAAGAUUAGGGGCUAGGAUUUUAGAACGAACGUUUUAGGAAGAGAUAGGCUUCAAGGCGGAUUCAAGGGCAAGCAUUUUAAAUGACAUACCAAGUCAACGUGAAGAGACAGGAAUGGUCUCUGGGUUUUGGUGUUGAUAUGGAACUGUCGGUGUUCAUUGAUGAUGGGGAGAAGAGGGCUUGGGGAAGUGCGCUGAAGUCUGAUGUGAUGUGUGGAGGAGUAUGGCGCGGAGUAGCCAACACUAGUAGCUAUAGAUGCUCACAUGGUGCGGUGGUCACACGUGAUCUGUAGCUGUAAUCUAAUGCCCUCACAUCACCUAAUUGAGAUCUUAUACACGACAACCUAAUAGAGACCGUCGGCAACUCAUCGGCAAUCUUCCCAGGAAGUCACACAACCAAUUAAGCAAUGAUGCUAGUGCCGAGCACAUGCUGUGCUUUUGGAAGUGUGCCAUUUUCCUCAUUCAUAUUAGCACCUUUUUUCUGGCUGUUAUGUCCAGAUUAAAAACACACAAAUGUUUGCACAAACUUUCACAUUUCCACAAACUGCAUUUUUAGAGACUAAUUCCAUAUAUAUAUACAAACACUGGCAAAGAGUAUCUCAUGAAACAUAUAUUAGCAAUAUCACUAUACCCAGGGUACGUGGAUGUCAAGAAAAGACUGAUACUUGGAUUUGACAGGACUGAAAUAGUGACAUCCUGCAUGAUAGGCUGUUUUCCUGCUUAGUUUAGAUAUGUGGGGGGUAUAUGCAAUCCCCCAAGAGGAUAAUACACUGUAAGUAUCUAUUUUCUUUUGCCAGUCUUAGACUCAACAACUGAUGGCAUUUUCCCAAGACUCUUAUGGGGUCCAUGUGAAAACUUUCCUGUGGACAUGUGUGUGUGUGUGUGUGUGUGUGUGUGUGCAUGCAUGUGUGGCUGUGAAAACACAACUGUGUAUGUGUGAUGCACAUAGAAAAAAUGAUCAAUCACAGGUGUUCUUCACUCGCUCACACACGUACACACUCAUAUAUAUAUAUAUAUAUAUAUAUAUACACACACACACACACACACACACACACACACACGGCUCUAAAAUACCAAAACGCCUCCUGGCCUUAAACGCAUUCUCAUUCUGCUGACACCUCAUAAUCAUCAUGAUGUCAUCAUAGUUGGCCAGCCUGCUUGGAUUUGCCCAUGAUGAUGCGUCGUCUCCCACAAAGAGAUCGGUCCAUCCCAGUGAUCACACAUCAUCACAUAUUGAUACGAGAAGUUUUCAUAUGCACUCUCCUGCCUUGUUGAAAGCGCCACGCUUUCUGUCAAUGAUAUUUGUGUUUGGUCCUUCUCACCGUGACGAGAAGUGUAGUUGAAGUGUUGCCGUGUGAAUACUGUAUGCUUGCCCGACCCAAGCUCCCUCUCCCCUCACAUUAGAAUCAUAGGAGAGACUAUUCUGAGAGACAGAGUGGGUCCAAACACUCUGGAUUUCCUUUGAGUUUCUCACUGGAGUUCUGGCUAAUGUCACUUCUUCACACACUGAUGUGGUUCACUUGAGGACUGGUUUGGAGGGCUCUGGUUGGGGUGGUGUUUGGUGGGGGGUGGGUUUUCCCUCAUAUUGAACCAUGUUAGUGCGCCUUGCCGUUUUACAUAAAGUAUUACUCUGUGUUCAGGAGACUCUUAUUUUUGUAUUUCAGGACACCAGCAAAGGUGUUCAGUGGUUGAACUCUGUGUACGUAUGGAGCGAAAGUUUUUUGAGAGAGGUUUGAUAAAUUAAGAGUGCAUUAUGGGAAAGGCAUGAGCUCAAAAAGAUAGAGGAAAGAGGAUGUUUCCAGUGACCUCAGACAUGGUACCGUCUUUGUUCUGUGUAAAUACUCCCAAAUGCUGUCAAUAUCAAUGUUUAAAAUGGACAAAAUGAUUAGAAUUGACAUAAUUAGAACUUCAAUAAUUUAUAUACUGGAACAUGUGCUAUCUUGUACAUAUUGUGUCUGCAUGAAUAAACAUCGUUCCGAGUCAUAAUUCAAAACUCUUUUUUAUCAAUAUCUGAUACCUCAUAAUAGCCUGGCAAAUAUUUGAACAUUUUAGCACAAUCUCAAUCGUGGCUCAUGUAUAUUAAACAAAAUACAUUCCAGUUGGGGUUGUAAAGGAUUUUUGACAUUUAUAAAAUCCUAUGAUUUCAUUUAUUGACCUACACCUGGCAUUGUGUUUGUGUAAAGGCAGUUACCCCUCCAGACCCUCUUAAAAAUGAUUCAUGCAUAUCUGGUUACAAACAUUUUUAACAAGGCAGUUCUGUCCUUACACUUGCUGCUGAAACAAAUUCUGUUUUGAUUUCUACAACAUCUUUACAAAAGUAAGUGGACUUCAUCUUCAAAUUGUGCACACUCAAAUAUGUGUAUGUGGUGUGGAAUUCAUAGGUUUUUCUUCAGAGUAAAAUUUGUUCUUGCAAAAUGAAAAUAAACUCAGCCCAUGCAUACACAAACAUGUACUGUCUAUUCACAAUUAUAAUUAUACAACCUGCUUGUAACUCAAUUAUGUUGAAUAAAAAUGCUACUAAAUAGUGCA